GCUGCGGCAGAGGGCAGCAUCCGUGAAGAAGAGUCGCAGUUUUCGGCUAGAGUUCAUCCCAUAGUGAUUUUCUUCAGAAGAUUUUCAAAAAAGCCUCCGAUUUUCUGAAGAAAGAUACCAUAGAACCAAGACCCAGUACUACUCUGUUGAAAUUAAGAUGAAUAGAGACCAGCAGCAGCAGCAGCAAAACCCCCUUCAGUUCACUAAAGAACCUUAUAUAGAGGAUAUAGGCCCUCAAAGAAUCCAGAGCAUCACAUUUUCAAUGUUUUCGGAAGAUGAUAUAAUGAAUCUAGCAGAUGUUCAAGUACAUCUUGGUGCUUACUAUGAUGUAAACAAGAAACCCAAAAGCAAUGGCUUGGUUGACAAUCACAUGGGCCCUCCGAACAAAAAGACUACUUGUCUUACUUGCAAUGGGUCAUACACAGAUUGUCCUGGACAUUAUGGAUACUUGUCCCUUACUCUCCCUGUUUAUAACAUUGGAUAUUUGCCAACUGUAAUUCUAAUAUUGAAGUGUAUUUGCAAGUCUUGCUCCCGGGUUCUGCUUCACGAGAAAGAUCGCUUGGCUUUUUUGAAGAAGAUGAGGAGCCCUAAGAUGGAACCUUUGAGAAGGACGGAAACUUUAAAAGGGAUAGUGAAAAAGUGCAAUUCCAUGACAAGUAGCAAGAAGGCAGUGACGUGUUCAAGAUGUGGAUAUAUAAAUGGGAUGGUGAAAAGGGCUGUAGGAUCGGUUGGUGUCAUUUAUGACCGUACCAAUGUUGGUGGUAAUAACUUGGAUGAUUGCAAAUCAGCUCUUUCUCACACAAAAGACUCCAAAUCAAACGUUUUUGUUCAUUCAUCACUAUAUCCUGAUAAAGUUCUUUCUCUCUUUAAGAAGAUGUCAGAUGAGGACUGUGAAUUGCUUUAUCUUAGUGACAGGCCAGAGAAGCUCAUCUUUAAUAGUAUUGCAGUGCCACCUGUAGCUAUUCGUCCUUCAGUUUUUCAGGAUGGCUCUGCACAAAGCAAUGAAAAUGAUAUUUCGGAGAGGUUAAAACGGAUUAUUCAAGCGAAUGCUAGUCUUCAACGGGAGUUAGAAGAAGGAAAGUCUACAUAUAAUCUUCUGGAUGCCUGGAAUAAUCUACAAAUCGAGGUGGCACUGUACAUAAACAGUGAGGCACGAAUUACUACUAUGCCCAUGCAAACUGGAAGGCCACUGAAUGGUUUUACACAGCGGCUUAACGGAAAGCAAGGCCGAUUUCGUGGGAACUUAUCAGGAAAACGUGUUGAGUAUACUGGUAGAACUGUUAUAUCCCCUGAUCCUAAUCUGAAAAUUACUGAGGUUGCCAUUCCUAUUUUAAUGGCUAAGAUAUUAACCUUUCCAGAUCGCGUUUCCCGUCAUAAUAUAGAGAAGUUGAGGCAAUGUGUUCUUAAUGGGCCAGACAAAUAUCCUGGUGCUAGAUUGAUUUCACGUUCGGAUACUGAUAAGACGAGUUUGGCUUGUAAUUUUAGGAAGCGUCAUGCAGAUAACCUCGAGAUUGGCAACGUAGUUCACCGCCAUUUGGAAGAUGGGGAUGUUGUUCUUUUCAACAGGCAACCAAGCUUACAUAGAAUGUCAAUCAUGUCCCAUAGGGCAAGAAUAAUGCCAUGGCGCACAUUGAGAUUUAAUGAAUCUGUUUGCAAUCCUUAUAAUGCGGAUUUCGAUGGAGAUGAAAUGAACAUGCAUGUUCCACAGACAGAAGAGGCUCGAACUGAGGCCCUUUUAUUAAUGGGAGUUCAAAAUAACUUAUGUACACCAAAAAAUGGGGAGAUUUUGGUUGCAUCAACUCAGGAUUUCCUGACUACUUCAUUCCUUGUAACCAGGAAGGAUACAUUUUAUGACCGGGCUACCUUUUCCUUUAUGUGUUCCUAUAUGGUUGAUGGUACGCUGCAUAAUGAUUUACCCUCACCUGCAUUAAUUAAGCCGGUAGAGCUAUGGACAGGGAAACAAUUAUUCAGUGUUCUUGUACGUUCAAAUGCUGAAACGAUGGUGUAUCUCAAUCUCACUGUUCCAGAGAAGAACUAUGUGAAAAAAACAAACCGGCAGACAAUGUGUCCUAAUGAUGGUUUUGUUUAUUUUCGUAACAGUGAGCUUUUAAGUGGCCAACUAGGAAAAGCUACUUUAGGUAAUGGAACUAAGGAUGGCCUUUACUCCGUUCUUCUGAGGGAUUACAGUUCACAUGCAGCUGCAGAAUGUAUGAAUCGUGUAUCGAAACUUAGUGCAAGGUGGAUUGGAAAUCAUGGAUUCUCAAUUGGCAUUGAUGAUGUAAAACCAGGAGACGACCUGAUUAGAAGUAAAAAGGAUAAAAUUGACGAAGGAUAUGGAAAAUGUGAUGAGCUUAUACAGUCUUAUAAUAAAGACAUGCUUAAACUCCAGUUUGGAUGUAAUGCUGCUCAAACGCUAGAGGCUGAGAUAACAGGUGUUUUAAAUACGCUUCGAGACUCGGGUGGAGAGGUUUGCAUGGAACAAUUGCAUUGGAGGAACAGUCCUUUAAUUAUGUCACAGUGCGGGUCCAAAGGAUCUCCAAUGAAUAUUACUCAGAUGGUUCUUUUUGUGGGUCAGCAAUCAGUUGGAGGUCGUCGUGCUCCAGAUGGAUUCAUAAGUCGAAGCCUUCCUCAUUUUCCCAUAAAUUCUAAGACACCUUCUGCUAAAGGUUUUGUUGCUAAUUCAUUUUAUUCUGGUCUAUCGGCCACUGAAUUUUUCUUUCAUACGAUGGGAGGGAGAGAGGGCCUUGUGGACACAGCGGUGAAAACAGCCGAUACAGGAUACAUGUCUCGCAAAUUGAUCAAGGCUCUGGAGGAUCUAUCGGUUCAGUAUGAUAACACUGUGCGAAAUGCCAGUGGAACUAUAAUACAAUUUCUUUAUGGUGAUGAUGGCAUGGAUCCAUCACAAAUGGAAGGACAAAAUGGAUUUCCGUUGAAUUUUGACAGACUACUUUUGAAAGCCAAGGCUACAUGUCCUGCUAAAGAAGAUCCAAGCUUGACUCCUUUAGAGAUGAAAACUACUAGUGAAGCGAUGAUUUCAAGUGAGCAUUGCUCUGAUGCCUUUAAGAAGUCUCUGUCUGAUUUUAUUGAAAAACUCGGAAAAGGAUUUGAAAAAUCCAGAAACACAUUUAACUUGAAGGAUGAUAUGGAAAUUGAGGGACAGAAUGGUGAAAUCCUUGACAAUGCUGCUAAAAGUCCACAUGGUUCCCAAGUUUCAGAAAAUAACUACAAAAUCAUUCAAUCUCUUGCAAAUAAUAUAUCUGGCAUUUCAGCCAAACAACUGCAGGUGUUCUUGAGAACUUGUCUUUCCCGUUAUAGUGUGAAAAACAUUGAGUGUGGAACUGCUAUUGGUGCGAUUGGAGCUCAAAGUAUUGGAGAGCCUGGAACUCAAAUGACCUUAAAAACUUUUCACUUUGCUGGAGUUGCAAGCAUGAAUGUUACCCUUGGAGUUCCUCGUAUAAAGGAAAUUAUAAGUGCAGCAAAAAAAAUCAGUACUCCAAUCAUUACAGCAGUACUUAACAGCAAGAAUUGUCUGGCAGCUGCAAAACUAGUGAGUGGUUGUGUCGGGAAAACAGUUUUAGGCCAGAUUGCUAAAUGUGCAAAAUCGAAAAAAUCUCAAAGAUCAGGAUCUAUUUUUGUCACACUUAACAUGGAAAAGAUUGAAGAUUUAUACCUAGGCAUAAAUACACAUAUCGUGAAAGAGGCAAUUUUACGAACACCAAGGAUUCAACUCAAGGGAGAGCAUAUAAAGAUUUUGGAUGGAAGGAAGCUGGAAAUUAUUCCUCCCCAAACUGGCAGAACUAUCCUUCAUUUUCAACUUGAUUCAUUAUUAAACAAGAUCGUCAAGAUUGUUGUGAAGGGCAUAAGUACAGUGGAUCGUGCAGUUAUUACCAAAUCGGAGGGUGAAUAUCAGUUAGUUGUUUCCGGUUUUGGUCUUAGAGCAGUUAUGGGAAUGGAAGGAAUUGACGGCCUCAAAACUACCAGUAACCAUAUUAUGGAACUGCGGGAGGUCAUAGGAAUUGAAGCAGCAAGGAGUAGCAUUAUCGAAGAAAUAAAGUUUAUCAUGGAAAAACAUAAAAUGACCAUAGAUCAAAGGCACAUGAUGCUCUUGGCAGAUCUGAUGACAUACAAGGGUGAAGUUCUGGGGAUUACAAGAUAUGGAGUUCAAAAAAUGAAAGAUAGUGUGCUGAGUUUGGCUUCGUUUGAGAAGACGACUGAGCACCUUUACAAUGGUUCAGUGAACGGAAGGGAGGACUUGAUUGAAGGCGUAAGUGAAUGCAUCAUUAUGGGUAUUCCAAUUCCGUUUGGAACCGGAAUGAUUAAAGUCAGGCAAAAGGUUGAAUCACUUCCUGUUCUAAAAUAUGGAUUAGAUCCACUUUUACUAUCUUGAGAAAGGAAACCUGUGAAUAUUUGCAAUUUUUAGUAUAGUGGACAGACAGACAGGAGAUGAAAAAGAACAAUGGUAGAUUAAAUCUUCCUUUGUUCUCAAAGAGGCUAGGAAAUGAUAAUAUUUUUGCACCACCCCAACUCUUCAAGGCGGAUUUAGUUUAGUUUUUAAGUUGAUUUUGAUUUGUUACUUAUUAUUCGAAAUAUGACAAAGAUUUAUGUUCCAUUUCGCUAAAUUAGUGCCUAAGAUCCUAUGAUUCGGUUGGGAAAAGUUGGUUUAGUACCCUAUCACCGAGUUUUAUCAAACACUAAAAAAUUGAAAUCGGCGAUGGCCACAAAACUGU